GUGAGUGACUGGUGGGAGGAAUACAUCUACCUGCGAGGCCGAGGGCCGCUCAUGGUCAACAGCAACUACUACGCCAUGGAGAUGCUGUACUUCACCCCCACCCACAUCCAGGCGGCAAGAGCCGGCAACACUAUCCACGCCAUGCUGCUGUACCGUCGAAAGGUGGAUCGUGAGGAACUCAAACCUAUUCGUCUUCUGGGAUCCACGAUUCCUCUCUGCUCUGCCCAGUGGGAGCGACUCUUCAAUACCUCCCGCAUCCCUGGAGAGGAGACAGACACCAUCCAACACAUCAAGGACAGCCGGCACAUUGUCGUGUACCACAGGGGGCGCUACUUCAAGGUCUGGCUGUACCAUGAUGGGAGGCUGCUGAGGCCCCGAGAGCUGGAGCAGCAGAUGCAGCAGAUUCUGGAUGACCCCUCAGAGCCACAGCCUGGGGAAGCCAAGCUGGCCGCCCUCACGGCUGCAGACAGAGUGCCUUGGGCAAAAUGUCGGCAGACCUAUUUUGCACGUGGGAAAAAUAAGCAGUCCCUGGAUUCGGUGGAGAAGGCAGCAUUCUUUGUGACGUUGGACGAAUCGGAGCAGGGAUACAGGAAGGAGGACCCGGAGACUUCCAUAGACAGCUACGCCAAAUCUCUGCUGCAUGGCCAGUGUUUUGACAGGUGGUUUGACAAGUCCCUCACAUUUGUUGUCUUCAAAAACAGCAAGAUAGGCAUGAAUGCAGAGCAUUCCUGGGCGGAUGCCCCCAUCGUGGGCCAUCUGUGGGAGUAUGUCAUGGCCACUGACGUCUUCCAGUUGGGCUAUGCAGAGGAUGGGCAUUGUAGAGGAGAAACCAACCCCAACAUCCCCAGACCCACCAGGCUACAGUGGGAUAUCCCAGGAGAGUGUCAGGAGGUCAUAGAGACUUCCCUGAACAGCGCCAGUCUUUUGGCAAAUGAUGUGGACCUGCAUUCCUUCCCAUUUGACUACUUUGGCAAAGGGCUGAUCAAGAAGUGCCGGACGAGCCCCGAUGCCCUCAUUCAGCUGGCAUUGCAGCUGGCACAUUACAAGGACAUGGGCAAGUUCUGCCUCACAUAUGAAGCCUCCAUGACUCGGCUCUUUCGAGAGGGUAGGACAGAGACCGUACGCUCCUGCACUACAGAGUCCUGCAACUUCGUGAUGGCCAUGGUGGACCCCACAAAAACGGUGGAGCAGAGGCUCAAGCUGUUCAAGAUAGCUUGUGAGAAGCACCAGCACAUGUACCGCCUCGCCAUGACGGGCGCCGGCAUCGACCGCCACCUCUUCUGCCUCUAUGUGGUAUCCAAGUAUCUCGCAGUUGACUCCCCUUUCCUGAAGGAGGUUUUAUCUGAGCCAUGGAGGUUAUCCACAAGCCAGACUCCUCAGCAACAGGUGGAACUGUUUGACUUUGAGAAACACCCCGACUAUGUGUCCUGUGGAGGUGGCUUUGGGCCGGUUGCUGAUGAUGGCUAUGGUGUUUCGUACAUUAUUGUGGGAGAAAAUUUCAUCCACUUCCAUAUUUCUUCUAAGUUCUUCAGCCCUGAGACAGACUCACACCGAUUUGGGAAGCACGUGAAACAAGCCAUGAUAGACAUUAUCAACUUGUUUGGCCUCACCGUCAAUUCCAAAAAGUAACCCCCCUGAGCCACAGGGAAGGAAAACGGACUCUUGUAAUACAAACCAAAUGAAUAGGUGUUGCUCCUGAUUGUAGGAUUGGCAGAAAAUUGCUCUUAUAGAACUCAGUUUUCCUUCCAGAAGGUUUACCAUCUGUCUCCCUAGAACAACAGUAGUUUCCACUAUGUGAAGCACGACCCUGCUACAUCCAGAGAUGCCCUGGCUCCGGGAAUAUUGGGCACAGUUCCCUGAAAUCUUUUGAAUCAUCCUGGAUGAAGGCAUUAAAAUACUGGCGAAUUCCUGGACUACUGGGGUUGUAGCUUCACACUUGUUGGUGACAAGACUUCCUCGGGGACAAACUAUAAAUACCUGGGACUGGAAGGUGCCUGACUCCACCCAGGCAGGACAGACAUCAACUUGUGGGAAGAAUCUUCAGAGCCAGUGGAGGUGACAACUGAAGCUAACACAUGUAAUGCACUAAUGGGAUUCUUGGGCCUGGGGAUUAAGGUUCUGCUGUGGGUGACAGCCAUCAUCCCUUUGGGAGUCACAUUUCCAAGAAGCAGAAUACCACCUCUUCAAUGUCACCAUCCUCACACGUCUUCAAAACCCAGUGCCUUAAAGACGGAAGCCCCUUGGUAAGUGGGGGCAUUAGAGAAGACUAAUUUGAGAAGUCUUAGGGUGAAUGUGUGAGGAUGUUGCUUCCCCUCAGUGGUUUCCUACGUAGAGAUGCCCCUAAGUAAGCACUUCCCCUACUCCCAGAAGACCAGGCCCCUGGUGAAGGCAGUGAUGCUGAGUCUCAUUGCCUGCCAGUUCCAUUAAGCAACAAAAUGACAGGAGUGUGUUAACAGAGGGUGUUGAGGGGCUUGGUAGUCACAGGCUCCAUAGCUGGAGACCAGCUGGAGAGUGUGGCUUAUUUGGCAGCUGGUGGCAAGGGGAGUGGGACCCUGGUCACUGAGAGAGGAGCAGAACUAACACAGGCAGCCUCACAGGCAGCUAGGAGACACACACCCUAGACAUCAGUGGGGUUACCUUCUAAUCCCACCCAGCCAGAGAGGAGACUUGCUCUCAGUUCCAUAGAAGACUAGGUCAUUUUGGUGACAGACUCAGGGGUCUCAAGUGAUGGGUGCUUUGUACCCAAAUGCCAUCCCUCAAUGGGAGUGCCUUUCUUGAAAGCGCCUGAUGGACUGCAAGGCAAUUCUGUACCAAGUCUGUUUGGUAUUUGUAAACAUAAGCAUAAUGGGCCCCCCUCCCCAUUGUCACCCUGUCCUGACAAGCUUAGCUAUUGGUAUUUUAAAUCAUGUGUUUAUUUUUCCGGCCACUUCAGUGCGCCCUCUGGCCUUGCUCAGUUCCUGCCCCUGUGCUAGCAGUAGCACAAAAGUGGGGGCAGGGUGACCAGAAGUGCCAAGAAGUGCUGGCUGAACAGCUUAUGCAUGUCUUACAGACACACAUGUAUAAUUUUGUAAUCUAAAACACAAAAGGGCCAAAGAUUUUCUUCCUCUUAAAAGCAAGAAAACAAAAGACAUAAAUACAAAAGCAGAAACAAACAGUAAGCCAGAGACACCUAAAUCUCACUGUUGAUGACCACUGACUAACCUGUGUUACCCGAGGAGCCCUGCUAGUGUCCAAGCGUUACACUCCUCUCUCAGGUUUCCAGUGUCCUUGCUGCUCCUGAGCAGUUACCAAUGCAAUUUCAUAUUCCUUACAAGGAGGAAGGGUGCGCUUUCACAGUGUACGUCGAAAGGAGGAGGUAAGACUAUUAUAUUUAAUUUAAUGUGGAACAAAACAGUCUUACCGCAGCCAAGGUUUGAUUUUGGUAUCCUAAUCUGUCCAUUUCCUGUAAAUAAAUACCAUAUGCUGUCUGGAUAUAAAUCUUAGAAAUGCAUGUGUGGAUGAAUGUAGCUGGCCAUUAAUAAAUUAAUUAAUCCUGUCUACUACA